AUGCAGCAUAAAGGCAUCAUGCUGAUUGUGUUCUUGGAGUACAUUGUUUCUGGUCAUGGUGAGGCAGAUCCACUAAAGCUACGAACCUUCCGCUGUGAUGGCCACUCCUGCAAUCCUCCUGUAGGGAAUCUAGCAACAGGCAGGACUCCAGUCUCUCUUACCACAUGUGGGCAGAACAGCACAGAACUUUAUUGCUUCUACCCAAACCAGCACCUCCUUCAUUGGGCCUCCCAAGGCUGUGGGCAGCCCCGCUGCACUAAAUGCAAUGCCAAUCAGCCUGAUAACUCCCACCUUCCCUCUGAUAUGACAGAUGAUUUCUUCCUAAAUCCUGGCUCCUGGUGGCAGUCUGCACAAGGGGUACACAGGGAAGAAAUCAGGCUGGACUUGGAAACAGCGUUCUACCUGACUCACGUCAUAGUAGUGUUCAAGUCGCCGCGCCCAGCUGCUAUGGUACUGGAGAGGUCUCAGGACAAUGGCCAGACGUGGAGACCCUACAAAUAUUUUUCCGUCAACUGUACAGCAACGUUUGGGCUUCAAGAUGAUCUUAUUGAAGAGGGCUCUCUGUGCACUUCCAGGUAUUCAGAUGCAGUGCCUUGCACUAGAGGGGAGGUGAUCUAUCGUGCCUUAACUCCAACCAACAAGAUCGAAGACCCAUAUGGUCCUGAGGCCCAAGACCUCCUGAAACUCACCAACCUGCGCCUCCUUUUAUUAAAAAGGCAGGAGUGUCCCUGCCAAGGCUUGGGAUUGCUGGAGAAACCCCAGAGGUUUGCCCACUAUGCUAUCUAUGAUCUGAUUGUCCGGGGAAGUUGCUUCUGUAAUGGUCAUGCAGAAGAAUGCCAGCUUGCCAAUGGAACAGGGAACACAGAGAACGUGGUCCAUGGGAAGUGUGUGUGCAGACACAACACAGCAGGGAACCACUGUGAAAGGUGUGAACCAUUAUACAAUGACCAGCCUUGGAAGCCAGGAGAUGGAAAAACUGGGGCACCAAAUGAAUGCAGAAAGUGCCGCUGUCACAACCAUGCUGAUAGCUGCCACUUCAACCUGAGUGUUUGGCUGGCAUCUGGGAAACACAGCGGUGGAGUAUGUGACAACUGCAAACACAACACGGAGGGACAUCGAUGUCAAAGGUGCAAACCAGGAUUUUACAGAGAUAGGGGAAAACCUAUGUCUUCCCCAGAGGUCUGCAAACCUUGCUCCUGUCAGCCUAUGGGAUCGGCCAAUGCAACCUUCAGCAGAAGCUGGCGGUGCCACCCAAAGACGGGGUUCUGUUACUGCAAGCCAGGCGUGGCAGGCCCGAACUGUGACAGAUGCCUUAUGGGAUACUGGGGCCUUGGAGAAAAUGGCUGUCGUCCUUGUGACUGUGCCAGAGACUGCGACCCGCACACUGGAAACUGUUUCAAUGGUUAUGACAAUGAGCCAUUUUUCAACAUCCCCAUGGGUGGGCGAAUCCCUGACCUCCUACAAACGCCAGCCAAUGAAAGCGAUGAGUGGAAAUGGAAUGAUCAUGAGCAGGGAUUUUCUGCUUUGAGACAUCCAGAAAAGUGUGUGUGCAAAGAGAAAGUGCUCGGAAGUGUCACUGAUUUCUGCCAGAUGAAAUAUGCAUAUGUGAUAAAAGCAAGAAUCCUAUCGGCUCAUGACAAAGGAACCCAUGCGGAAGUUAUAGUGAAGGUAAAGAAGGUCCUGAAAUCAGGCAAAGUGAAAAUUGCCCGGAGUAACAGAAGUAUCUAUCCGGAGUCCUGGACCAACAGGGGAUGUACAUGUCCCAUUCUCAAUCCUGGAACAGACUACCUGAUAGCAGGCCAGGAGGACUCAAGGACCAGCAAACUCCUUGUGAAUAUGAACAGUCUGGUGAAACCCUGGAAGGCGUAUUUGGGAAAACAAGUAGCAGACAUUCUUCGAACUGGGUGCAAAUAA